UGUUGUGCGCGGUGGGGGGGGGGCGGCCCUCCUGCCCCACGGCCAUGUUCAGCUGGAGAGGCAAACCGCUGGCCUGGGGGGGGGACCUGGUGGACGCCCAGGAGCGGGUGCUGCGGGAGUGCGCGCAGCUGUACAGCAAACAGCACAAAGUUCCCACUUUAGGGCUGUCAAGGAUUGGAAGGAUCCUAGGCCCACGCAUGGUACCUCCCCGCAAGAAGAUCAUUGUUAUGGUAAUUGGAAACCGCUCUGCUGGCAAGAGUGCGUUCAUCAAUUGGUACAUGGCAGAUAAUAUUCAAAAAACAGGAGUUUCUCUUGAGACGCAAGGAAUUACCUUCCUCACAAGUGGCCGGAAGAGAGCAACCUUUCGAGGCAACACCUCGGUGCAAGUCUUCCCACAUUUUAAACCUCUCCUGGAGAUUCGAGCUAUGUCUCACUACAUCACUGCUGAGAUCUCCAUAUCUAAAGAGAAGAAAUUCCAACUAUUAACAUUGAUAGAUACUCCUGGGCUGGUGGACGGGGAAGGAGUCUACCCAUUUGAUCUGAACGAGGUGCUGAUCUGGCUGGGUGAACAAGCUGACCUCAUCCUUAUUUUCUUUGACCCCGUGGGUAAGGCCAAUUGCAAGCGGUUGCUGGAUAUUGUACUCAAGCUGAAAGACACACGUGGAGAUAACCUGCACUUCUACUUGAGCAACGCCAACUUGCUGACAAACUCAAACGAAAGCAAGAAUGUAAUCCUGAAUAUAAUUCAGGAGAUGAACCUUUACCCUGGGCUUGGCGGUUAUGCUUCUAACAUUCAGGCUUUCUACAUCCCCAACCCAAAGAAGAGCAAUCGUUAUGUGAAUCAGAUCGACAAACUGUGCGCCACCAUUGACGAGAAGGUGGACCAGACUGUGGAGAAUGCUCUUAAACAACUGGAAAAGGACUGUGACCAGAUCAUUGAGUUAAUCACGAAACAAUUCAAACAAAGCAAACAGAAUUCAAUAUCAAAUCUGAAGAUUCAUCUGAAGUGUUACCUGUUGAAGAUAUUUGGCUUCCUACUGCCUGUACUGUUUGUACUGAGCGUUUUACUAAACCUCCUUUCCAGAAAUUUUCUCCUGAAGAUCUUCAAUGAGAAGUCUCUGAAUGUUCUCCUGACUUUUUCGAGUUUUUUACUGGCUACAUGGGAUUGGAUACCAAUUGAAAACCAGUUUUAUACCCUGCUUAUGUUCUUAGGAAUGUGCUAUCUAUCUAUCAGGGUGCCUCAACGCUAUAUGAGGUUGAAACCAACUCUAUCUAAAAAAUCAAAGCGAAAGAUGACACUCUGGCUUCAGUUUGUCAAGAAUGUUGCAAAACCUAAACAGAUUCAGCUGCGAAAAGCUUACUCAGCUCUGAAAGCAUCAAAUAGCGAAAACAAGUAAAUGGACCAAACAACAGCAUUGAGGAUGUCAUCUCUGGACACUGAACACUUCUAGUUACUUCUGUCACACUCUUGGUUAGGUUCAUCCGUUGUACCAGCGAAGCACCAACGCUUGCUGAGGGACAUCCUAAAGUCUCACCUUCCAAGGAUGUCAGUGUUAACGUAUGCCCGUUGGGGCCUUUACCUGUAAAUAAAUCCAGUUAUGGUCUGUGCCAGGUGACCGGGUGGGGUGUGUGGGGUGGGGGGGUGAUGAAUAUGACCCAUUACUGAUGUGUAAUUAUAUUGUUGUACUGUGAGGU